UUUUCCUGUCCUUGGUCGAAGCAUCGUUACCUUCGCUGUCAGGAUAUACACAUGGCUAAACUGAGCAAGGAGACCAAGCAGCGGCUGCAGCAGCUGUUCCAGUGCAGCCAGUUUGUUAUCCGAUGGGGGUUCAUUCCCACCGUGCUUUAUUUAGGUUUUAAACGAGGAGCAGAUCCAGGCAUGCCUGAACCUACACUUUUAAGUUUGCUCUGGGGCUGAGGACCAAUGCCACGCGGCUGUACCCAUCUCUCAUCGAGCGUUUGUGACAUGAUUUUGAAAGACCAGGCAGCGGAUAUCAUCAUUCCCUCCUCUCUGUGGAUCGUCCUGCCUAAUGUUAGACAGCUAUGGUGCAAAAGAUUCAGAGAGCAGAGAAGAAUUGUACCAAGAGCAAUGUUGUCUUGCUUGUCUUACUGUAUCACUCUUGUUUCUUGUAUUGGUUUACGAUUUUCAUUUCUAAUUUAAAAUCUUAAACAAUAAAAUUUCAAAGGAAUGUCAUUUACAUUUCUUUUUAUCCAAGA